AUGGCUCCGUAGCGGGCGGCCGGCUUGGCGUUGCUGCCGCCAUUAACCCCUGCGCGCCCGGCGGCCUCGGGGGAGCGGAGCGGGGACCCUGCGUGAGGAUGACCUCGGCUGCCGGCCCCGCCGCCUUGCCGCCCGGCUCCGCCGCCCGCGCCCUGCAUGUGGAGCUGCCUUCGCAGCAGCGCCGUCUUCGUCAUCUUCGGAAUAUUGCUGCGCGUAACAUUAUUAAUAAGAAUGGUCACCGCCUCUUGGAUACGUACUUCACUCUUCACUUGUGUGGUAACACCAAGAUCUACAAAGAAUUUUAUAAGAGUGAGGUGAUCAAGAAUUCUCUGAAUCCAACAUGGAGGAGUCUGGACUUUGGAAUAAUGCCUGAUCAUCUUGAUACCUCUGUCUCCUGUUUUGUUGUGAGGAUCUGGGGUGGCAAGAAGGAACACUUUCAGCUUUUGAUUGAAUGGAAGGUCAAUUUAGAUGGAUUAAAGUACUUGGGCCAGCAGAUCCAUGCAAGAAACCCAAAUGAGAUUAUUUUUGGUCUCAAUGAUGGUUAUUAUGGAGCUUCAUUUGAACAGAAGGAUCACUCAGGUACCCUGAAGAACAGUCUUCUCCAGGUGGAUCAGAACUGUGUUCGUAACUCUUACGAUGUCUUCUCUUUGCUUAGGCUCCACAGAGCUCAGUGUGCAAUUAAACAGACUCAGGUAACUGUUCAGAAAAUAGGAAGGGAGAUUGAAGAAAAGCUGAGAUGUACAUCUACAAGGAAUGAACUGAAAAAGGAGAGUGAAUGUUUACAGUUGAAGAUCCUGGUGCUGCGUAAUGAACUGGAGCGACAGAAGAAGGCCCUUGGUCAAGAAGUAGCCUUGUUGCAUAAGCAAAAAAGUACUUUGCUUGACAGAGAAAAUGCAUUUGGGACUGAAUACCAGAAACUUGAAGAGCAUAAUGAAUCUCUAUAUGAAUCAAGAAAGGAAUGCACUGCUAAGAGAGAACAGUUUUUGAAGAUAAAUGCCCAGCAGACUAUUCGAUGCAAGCAGCUGCUGUCGGAGCUGUCCUACAUCUACCCGAUUGAUUUGAACAACCAAAAGGAUUACUUUGUUUGUGGAGUGAAGCUUCCUAAUUCUGAAGACUUCCAAGCAAAAGAUGAUGGAAGCAUUGCUGUUGCCCUGGGCUAUACUGCUCACCUAAUUUCCAUGAUCUCCUUCUUCUUACAAGUGCCACUCAGGUAUCCCAUCAUUCACAAGGGCUCCCGGUCUACAAUCAAAGACAAUAUAAAUGACAAGCUGACGGAAAAAGAGCGAGAAUUUCCUUUAUAUGCAAAAGGAGGGGAGAAGCUUCAAUUUGAAUAUGGAGUUUAUCUUCUCAACAAAAAUAUAGCACAGCUUAGAUACCAGCAUGGGCUGAGUACUCCAGAUCUAAGGCAAACUCUUCCUAACCUGAAAAACUUCAUGGAGCUUGGACUGAUGGUUAGGUGCGAUCGACACCAUACUUCCAGUGCAAUUCCUGUUCCAAAGAGACAGAGCUCUAGCUUCGGCAGAUUGGAUAUUGGUUUUUCCAGUGGGCUUCCUUCUCCAGAUAAAGGACUCCGAAAACGAGCCAACACAGGAAGCGAGAGACUUCAGUACAAAACUCCUCCUCCUAGUUACAACUCUGCUUUAACACAGCCUGUUGCUGUCACAGCCUGUGUGGGAGAGCUGGAUAAAAAACCUGGACCCAUAUGUUCUUCCUUGGACACCUCCAUGGACUCCUCCAAAAGAAAUACCAAAAAAGGCCAGGACUUGUGCAGUAGUUUAAAUGGAGAAAAUGGAAGCCUAAACAAUACCCAGGACAGGCAGGAACCUUUCCUAGGACGUUCUAGUGCAAUAAAUGGGGCGUUUCUGCCUGGCGAGUGCUCUGGCACCAUGAACAACAAGCAGCCCUGUGAGUUUCAGCCCCCGCUCAACCCCGUGCUCUGCUGCACCGUGGAGCAGGCAGAGGAGAUCAUGGGUAUGGAAGCGACAGGGUUCAGCACGGGAGAUCAGCUGGAAGACUUUACCUCCAUCCCAGUGGAACAUGCUGUAGCGGUUGAGUGUGAUGAACAAGUCCUAGGGGAGUUUGAGGAGUUCUCUCGAAGGAUCUGUGCACUGAACGAGAACAUGUCCAGCUUCCGCAGACCUCGCAAAAGUUCGGACAAGUGAGCUCGCACGGAGAUUUGAUAGCAGACAUUGAGGUGAAAUCAGUGAUCUGGAAUAGAAAUAAAAUUGCACUUAUUCUUUAUAUUAAUUAUGAAAAUAAAAAAGCUUAAAGUUGUUCCUAUGGUGUUAGACAA